AUGGAUGCGUUUUUCUUCAAUGGUAUUUGCGUACGUGCCAGAGAUGUGAUGUCGAGACAGGCAGAAGGAUGCAGAAGUGUAUCGUUCCAACGCGUAACACGCACGGCUACCACGUCGAUGCUUGUGUAUAAGAACGAAUUUGACUACAGCGGCAUGUCAGUUCGAAACGUAGGCGGCGGUCGUCAUGUACUCCAUGUUCGCUGGACAGCCGUCCACCACGUCAAUCGAUCGAUCGCAUCGGACCGGACCGGACCAGACCAGACCGGAACGGACCGGACCGGACCGGUCAGCAUGUCGCCGGCCGGACGUGCCGGCUGCAAUGGCUAG